UUGCUUAGUGGUGAUAUAGAAGAAAAUCCUGGCCCAAACACGCUCGACGAGAUCUUAAAAGUGGUUACAGAAAUUAAAACUUCACAACGAACAUUGGAAGAAGGAUUGCAAGGAGUUCAAUUCAGACUGGCAGAGAUAGAAGGUACUCUAGCAUCGAUAAAACAGUACCAUCAAAAAGUGGAGCAGUGCGAACAGUAUGUCGCCACAAUGAGUAAGGACAUCAGGACUCUGAGCAAAAAAAUAGACGACAUGGAAAACAGAAGCCGCAGGAAUAACAUUAUUUACGGGUUGGAAGAAAGACUGAAUGAAAAUAGUACCAAUUUAGAACAAGCGGUAGUGAAAGGAGUGUUCAAAGACAAACUCGGGGUAGAAACAAGAUCAGUUGAGCGUGUACAUCGCAUUGGAAAGAAAAGACCAAACAGUACAAGACCUGUAAUUAUAAGGUUUUACAACUUCACAGAAAAGAUGACCAUUCUGCGUAACUGCAAGAAGCUCAAAAAUAGCUCGAUAUCUAUAUCGGAAGACUUCUCGGCCUCAGUACGUGAAGUGCGCAGUAAACUUUGGCAGUCUUCUAAAGCAGAGCGCGAUGCGGGCGAUAAGGUAACACUACUAUACGAUAAGCUCAAAGUGAACGAUCAAGUGUAUUUAUGGAAAUGA